AUGCCUUACAAUAUCGCCAUGGUUAGCGACUUCUUUUUCCCCCAGCCGGGGGGAGUUGAAAGCCACAUAUAUCAGCUAUCAUCCAAGCUGAUCGAUCGAGGCCACAAAGUGGUGAUUAUUACGCACGCCUACAAGGGCCGCACUGGAGUUCACUAUCUCACAAACGGCCUGAAGGUCUAUCACGUCCCAUUUCUUAUCAUAUACCGAGAAACGACCAUGCCCACCGUAUUCUCAUUCUUCCCCAUAUUCCGCGACAUUGUCAUCAGGGAACAAAUCCAGAUUGUCCAUGGCCAUGGCAGCUUGAGUAGUCUCUGCCAUGAGGCUAUUCUGCAUGCACGAACCAUGGGUCUCCGGACGGUCUUUACGGAUCACUCGUUGUUCGGCUUCGCAGAUGCGGCGUCGAUUUUAACCAACAAACUACUCAAAUUCGCCUUGAGUGAUGUCGACCAUGUCAUAUGCGUUAGCCACACUUGCAAAGAGAACACCGUCCUCCGCGCCUCUCUCGAUCCCUUGAUGGUCUCGGUGAUACCGAACGCGGUGGUGGCCGAGAACUUUCAGCCACGAAAUUACGUUCCCCAGUCAGACGAGCUCAGUUACAUGCGGCCUAGGCCUGUUCCACAACGGCUUGGUCCAGGUGAUACAAUUGUGAUUGUUGUCAUCUCUCGACUGUUUUACAACAAAGGUACUGAUCUCCUGAUCGCCGCUAUACCGAGGAUUCUUGCCGCCCACCCGAAUGUCCGCUUCAUCAUUGCCGGUUCUGGUCCAAAAGCCAUAGACCUAGAACAAAUGCUUGAACGACAGAUGCUUCAAGACAAGGUCGAAUUACUAGGCCCUGUUCGUCACGAGGAAGUGCGUGAUGUCAUGGUCAGAGGCCACAUCUACCUCCACCCAAGUCUCACUGAGGCAUUCGGCACCGUUAUUGUUGAGGCAGCUAGCUGCGGCCUAUAUGUCGUCUGCACUAGGGUGGGUGGUAUCCCCGAGGUGCUACCCGCCCAUAUGACGACUUUUGCAAAGCCUGAAGAGGAUGACUUGGUUAUGGCCACUGGCAAGGCAAUCGCAGCACUUCGCUCUGGGAAGGUUAAAACUGAACGGUUCCAUGAUCAAGUCAAGAUGAUGUAUUCGUGGACAGAUGUGGCCCUGAGGACGGAAAGGGUAUAUGAUGGCAUUACUGGCGCGAUCAGCGAACAGGAAUUCUACGGCCAAUAUGCAAGCGCAAAUUGGAGUGCAACUCGAGGUCGAUCGUAUGCGUUGAUUGACCGACUGAAGCGCUACUACGGUUGCGGGAUCUGGGCAGGCAAGCUGUUCUGCCUUUGCGUAAUCAUCGACUACCUGAUAUUCCUCUUCCUGGAGAUAUGGGCACCUAGAACAAGUAUAGAUAUCGCUAGAAGUUGGCCUCGAAAACCUUUUAUCAACGACAAGAACAAGCCCGUCGAAAAUGGCUUACUUCGGAGAAGGGGUACCGAUUUAAUGGAUCGCCGCAAUGGAAGCCUUAUGAUGGGCUAA